UUUCUUGCCUAAUGGGGAAAUCAAUUUUGAAGAUGAAGCAACUUCCUUUUAUGGUAGUUGUUUGUACAGUAAUGUUGUUUGUUGUGUAUAGGACUUUAAAGUAUCAAUAUUACGAAGAAGAGGUAUGGGAUCGCAUGUCAUGACUUUACGCCAAAAAUGUUGAUUAAACUUAUAUUCUGCAUCAGGUUGGGGAUCAUUUACUGUUGAAGCGCUGUUUUAUCCAUAGUAGUAUAACUAUGUAAAUGUGCAUUUUAGUUAGGAAACUCGUGAAGUGGUUCUCAAGCAUUAAACAAUCAACGCUUUAUUGUCAUUAAGUGAUAUUGAAAAAGUAAAUCUUCAUAAAAUUCUAUAGCCUUCCUUGAACGUUUUUUCCAGCUCCUAGUAUGGUGUACAUUUACAUGGCCCGAGCUUUACCCUUCGUAGCAGGUGGCAGCUACAUUGCCCCAGCCUUACCCUUGAUAGACAAAAGGCGGAGUUUCCUGGGAGAACAAGAGGCAUAUCCUGGUACUUCGGGAAAUCUGAAGGGCUUACCCCGAGGUAUAAUACAAGAUACUUCAGAUUUUGAGUUGAGGCCUUUAUGGUCUCCAAGUAGUUUGAGGUCAAAGGUUAGUGUUUACUCCGAUCGCCACUUGCUUGCAAUUCCAGUUGGUAUGAAACAAAAACAUAAUGUAGAUGUCAUGGUGCAAAAGUUUCUUCCAGAAAAUUUUACAAUUAUUUUAUUCCAUUAUGAUGCCAAUAUGGAUGGAUGGUGGGAUCUUAGUUGGAGUAGCAAGGCCAUACACAUAAUUGCUCCAAACCAAACAAAGUGGUGGUUUGCUAAAAGAUUUCUACAUCCAGAUAUAGUUUCUAUUUAUGAUUACAUCUUUCUCUGGGAUGAGGACUUAGGGGUGGAGCAUUUUUCUCCAUCAAGAUACAUUGAAAUUGUGAAGGAAGAAGGAUUGGAGAUAUCUCAACCAGCUCUUGACCCAGAUUCUGGACACAUACAUCAUAAAAUUACAGUUAGAGCUAGAACAAAGAAAGUUCAUAGAAGAGUCUAUGAACUCAGAGGCAAUACUAGGUGUUCAGAGGCAAGUACAGGGCCUCCAUGCACUGGGUUUGUGGAAGGUAUGGCUCCUGUUUUCUCUCGAUCUGCCUGGGAUUGUACUUGGCAUCUUAUACAGAAUGACCUUGUCCAUGGAUGGGGAUUGGAUAUGAAAAUAGGAUAUUGUGCUCAGGGAGAUCGCACACAAAAUGUGGGAGUUGUUGAUGAGGAAUAUGUUGUUCACAAGGGAAUACCAAGUCUGGGUGGCAGUGGGGAUGAAACAGCUAAAGUUUUGAGUCGUGGAAGGCCAACUCCGAGACACGGUGCCUCGGCCUUUGAUGAGCGAAUUGAGAUAAGAAGACAGUCAACGUGGGAAUUUGAAGUAUUCAAAGGCCGGUGGAAUAAAGCUAUAGCUGCAGACAAAAGCUGGGUUGAUCCAUUUACCAGUGAUAGAAAACGCUUGAGACAUAGGAAGAAAAAGAAUCACUUUUCUUAACUUUGUUUUUACUAGGUUUGAUUUGUUAGCCAUUUCAUUCACAGGGCAAUAGGCACAAUUUAGUUGUUGUAGCUGAAAGAAUAAACAAUUCAUUCAAGUUUUGGAAUCUCAACAUAUUUCUUUACAUUCUUUUGUUCUUUUCUUGAUAUUUUUUAGAUGUAAUUCUCAUAUAUGCAAACCUUGUUUUCAUCAUUUCAGCUGUAAUGAAGAAGCUUCCAUUCUUUUUGUA